AUGGGUGGAUGGAGUCCAAUUCCAAGCUCUGAUGAGACUGAGACCGUCCAGGAUCAGGGUUCAAAGACCGCAAAAGACCAGAUCCCAAAGAUCGCCAAAGAUGUCACCCAAUUGAUUGGCAAGACCCCGUUGGUGUACCUGAACAAGGUGGUGGAUGGCUGCGAGGCGCGUGUCGCUGCCAAGCUUGAGAUAAUGGCGCCCUGCUCCAGCGUCAAGGACAGGAUUGGUUACAGCAUGAUCGCUGAUGCGGAGGAAGGGCCCGAUCACCCCUGGAAAGUUCAUGGGUCGGCCUGGGUGCAGAGCGUCCUGAUCGAGCCGACGGGCGGCAACACGGGCAUCAGGCUGGCGUUCAUAGCGGCGGCCAAGGGGUACAGGCUGAUCGUGGCGAUGCCGGCGUCGGUGAGCACGGAGCGGCGCGGCGUGCUGAGGGCGUUCGGCGCGGAGGUGGUGCUGACGGACCCGAUGCUGACCAUGGACGGCGUGGUGCGCAAGGCGCAGGAAGUGGCGGCGCGGACGCUGGGCGCGCACGUGCUCCAGCUGUUCGCCAACCCGGCCAACCCCAGGGCGCACUACGAGACGACGGGGCCCGAGAUCUGGACCGCCACCGCGGGCAAGGUCGACGUCCUCGUCGCCGGCAUCGGGACCGGCGGCACCGUCACCGGCGCCGGGAGGUACCUCAAGGAGAGGAACCCUGCCAUCAAGAUUUACGGCGUCGAGCCGUCGGACAGCGCCGUGUUGUCCGGAGGGAAACCUGGUCCGCACAAGAUUCAGGGCCUCGUCGCCGGCUUCGUUCCCGGCGUGCUCGACGUCAGCCUCCUCGACGAGGUCUUCCAGGUCUCCAACGAGGAAGCCGCCGGCAUGGCGAAGCAGAUCGCGUUGGAAGAAGGGCUACUGGUCGGGAUAUCGUCGGGUGCGACCGCGGUCGCCGCCAUCAGAGUCGCCAGGAGGACCGAGAACAGGGGCAAGCUCAUCGUCGCUAUCUUCGCGAGCUUCGGCGAGCGAUACCUGUCGUCGUUCAUGUACGAGUCCCUCAAGGACGAGGCUGAAAGCAUGGCCUUCGAGUCAUGA